GGACGAGGUUGUUCUCUGGUUGCCGGACUCUGUUUGUCUUUUUCGGGUUUGCCGAAAUAGCGCAGUUGCCAAUUCCGGUUUAUUACCGGGAGCUUUUCAUUUUGUCCGAAUUUCUGGGGGACGGAUUGUUUUUACUUUCGCUUUCUCCAGAAAAGAGUUCAAGGUCAGUCUGAUCUGAUGUAGAAAUCAAAAAGCAACUUAAAGCAUAGCGUCAAGACCCGUGAAUAAAGCAUGAAUAAAGAGCGAAAACCGUUUCUCAUUGGUAUUGCCGGGGGUACUUGUUGCGGUAAGAGCGAAUUGUGCAAGAAAAUAUGCGAAGAAUUGGGACAGAAUGUGCUGAAGAAUGGAAAACAACAAGUCAUUAUACUUGGACAUAAAAGUUUUUACCGUCAUUUAUCCGAUGAAGACAAACUGUUGGCUGACACUGGUAAAUUCAACUUCGAUCAUCCGAACGCGUUUGACGACGAACUGACGUUAAAAUGCUUGCACAUGUUGAAGCAGGGGAAAGUGGCGACCAUACCGAAAUAUAAUUUCGCCACUCAUUCAAGAGAAGAGGAGGAAGAGACGAUAUAUCCAGCGGAUGUAAUCUUGUUCGAAGGAAUUCUUGCAUUGUAUAACAAGGACAUACGAGAUUUGCUUGACAUGAAGAUCUUCGUCGACACCGACAGCGAUACGCGACUGGCGCGGCGAGUACUGCGCGACACUGUCGAACACAAACGCGACAUUGACAGCGUAUUGAACCAGUACACGAAAUUUGUAAAGCGAUCUUUCGAAGAUUUUACUUUGCCCACGAAAAGAUAUGCUGACGUCAUCAUUCCAAAAGGCGUAGAUAACUUAGUUGCGAUUGAGUUGAUUACUCAGCAUAUUCAGGAUGAUUUGAUCACUUCAUGUGGUGACAAAUCCACUGAAAGAAAAACAAGACGAGUAUCUGAAAGUGGACGACCGCAUUAGUUAAACAUCGCAUCCAGUGAACUUGGUAUACUGUCGAUAUGGAACAUUGUUUCAGCGUGUAAAAACUUACAGGAAAUAUCAGAAAUUUCGCCAAAUGUUUUUACGGAGAAUAAGCUAUAUAUAUGUAUAUCAUCAAAUUACAUUUUUCGCAGAGCGAGUUGUAUUCUACGCACAGAAGUUGAAGGUCAGAUUGUUAAAAUAUUUCUUUGACUUUUAUUUUCCUUUUCAAUUUUGAGCAUCUAUUGCAAUGUUUUCUUUGUGGAAAGUAAACUUAACAUUUGAAAGUU